AUGUCGAGGUCACAAGAAGAUAACAAUGUCGAGGAGGAACAGCGAACGGCGAAGGAUCUGACGAAGACCGAGGUCACGAUCGAGAGGGAGAGAAUAAUCGGCGGGAAAAGGAGUGGUCACUUCUCGAUUAAGGGUGCUCAGAAAGCGACACAGUUAGCGGCGCAAUGCCUUAACCGAGACUCGAAAGCUAGGCCAAAGAUGAGUGAAGUUGUGGAAGCCUUGAAGCCGUUACCAAGCCUUAAAGACUUUGCUAGCUCACUACAAGAAAUUCUGUAUUUAGCAUCAGUUAUUUUGCCUGUUGCCAAGAACGGUGUCAGAACACAAGGAGGAGGGUUUGUGUCGAGAAAUGGACCGCCUUUGAGGAGUUUGUCUAGCUUAAACUUGCCUCAAGCUUCGUCGUAUCGCAAUGCUCGUCAGUCACAAAAGCCUAAAGGAAAAGAUUCAAAGAGCCGUAACCGAAUGAAUAUAGGAAUUAGUUGUUCAUAUCUUACCGAGGUUUCACGGCUGGAUGUUGCAUCGAUUCUUUCUGAUUCAAGAACGGUGCUCUCUCAAUUGCAGCUUUUUUAA